AUGUUGGUCAAUGCUAGACCCGUCGACGUGGCUUCCGGCUUCGAGGGCAUCGCCUCUGGCGCCGGCGAGGCGAGGUCUCUCAGUGAGGCGCCGGGCCCGGUGUCCAGUGCCUCCGUGACUGAGGCCGUGAAAGAGGACAUCGUGAAGGAGCUCAUCAAGGAGUGGCAUGAGUUUCGUGUGGGACUUUUGCACGAAGUCAAGCAACUGGUCCUGGAGAUGAAGGCACCACAGGCUGUACCGCUUGAACAGGUCAAGGUGCACCAGAUGGAUGCGGAUGAGGACCCGGCACCACCCACUGAGAUCAUCGAGCCGGAGCCGGACGAGUGCCUCACCCCUCUUGACUCCGAGUGCGGACUGAGAAAGCUCAGCCAGGCCCAGGUCCAAACCGCCAGCCAGAUGUUUUUGGAGGAAAUGGAAUCUGAUGUGUGUGACACCUCCAUAUUGUCAGAAUACGGCGCUGACUGGAACAUGGUGGGAACAGGAAGUGCCCCACGGACGGAGCAGCCGUACGACCUUCUCACGCUGUUGCCGCCGUUGCUGCAGUUGCCCAUGCUUGAGAUGCUUCAGGUAAGUGACAUCUUGCAGCUCCGCGUGGCAUCUUGCGCUGCUGUGGAUGGCCAGGCGCUUGCGCAUCACCUUGCGCAGGGUGCAGAACUGUCAAGGCCGUCUUCGCUGAUUGCAGUAUGGCCCACGAUUCGAAAGGCGCAGGAAUAUCUGCGACCUACCCCUGCAGUAUUUCAGCACCGCGCAUCCCGAGCUCACUGGCGGGAUGAGAUCCACUUCACCUUGCAGAGCAAUCCCUUGCUGCAGAAGCGUUACUGGUGCUUCCAGUGGUGCUCCGCUCAGACACGGGCCAGCCGAUGUCCGUGGAGUGAAGCUGCUCGUGAACAUGCUUUGCUUGCAGUCAAUGACCUCUAUGGCAUUUGCUGCGAGUCAACCGGUCAGGCUAAUUACUGUGCCCUUGACCUUAUGGGGCUUCUGGCGCUCAAUAGCUGCGAAGAGGUACAGCACACGGUCAUACCAAUCGUCCCCUCACUGUUGCAAUCCAUUUGGUCUACUGGGAUCGAUGAUGUCGUUGCAUCAAAGGCUCGGGAAAUGGUGGCCGCCUCCCAUCGUGUUAUGGAAAGUUCAGAGAGGGAGCGAUGCGUCGGAUUGGCAACGAACUUGCUUCUCUACGCAGUGAGUCAAAGACGUGAAGGCAUGGUGGAUCUUGCCGUCCACAUGCUAGAGCUGUUGUGUGGUGAUUUAACUCCGGCACAAGCUCGAGCCAGCUUCCAGAGCGAUAUCAGCAAGGUAGAUCGCCUUGUGGAAACCAUGUUUCUGAGUGAUACUGAAGAAGUUCCAGGGCAAGUUCUGCGCUCCGUUUUGCGAUUCCUGCACUUUUAUACCUGA